AUUUGUACUGACUCGUCACAACAAUUAUGUGUUUAUGCCUUUUGACUGAUCACUUCUCGUGACUUGAUCGACACUUCAUUCAUCUCGGCAGGGCACAAAUGAAUGCGGGAUAAUUUAAUUAAUCUUUAUUUCUUGUUUGAGCAUUUUUUCAGUUCUAUCAAUCAAGAUAUGUAGCUGGGGGAAACAAAAACACAAAAGGCUUUCCAAAGGGUUUUUGUUCGUGAAGGAACGCGCCAAACAAAGGAAUGGCACAAUCAAUGACACAAAAGAAACUGAUGCUUAACUGUUAAUUGGUCGAGGACGGUAUUCGACCCGCUGUUAAGGCGCUUAAAAAUAACAAUCAGUCGAAAUUAAGGCCAUUUUUAUGCCAAACUGAGGUUAUUUUGUAUAUGUAAGCUAACCGUUUGAAGGUUCUCUUCCUGUGAAACUAUCAUGACGCAUAGCGGAUUGUUAUUCGUUUUGGUCAUUGCGGCCUGUCACAAAGUCUUUCGAGGUCAGCCGCAUCUUGACUCAGAGCACCGCCUCAUGAAGGAUCUGUUUGCAAACUACAGCAGAGAAGUGAGACCGGUCAUCGACAAAGAACAACCAAUACCAGUCGAUUUUGACAUGAUGUUCAGCCAACUAGUUGAACUGGUAUGUAUGGCGGGCAAGCACCUUUUUUAUGGACGCGUGGCGCCCCAUUUAUCAAAAACCUUUAGCCUAUUAGUAUAUUUUAACGGACGAAGUCAGAUUAUGACGAGCAAAGUCUGGAUCAGACAGACAUGUAACCAUUUGAUAUGUUGUUUUCUAAUAUUUUUAUUAACUGUCUUUUCGUUACCGUCCAGCAUUCAGAGCGACAGUGGUGAAAUGUACAAGUUCAACACAAAAGUUGUUAUAAACUACAAUGGCUCGUGUCAAUGGUAUGCCCCGACCGAAGUAAAAACCGUCUGCAAAAUCGACAUCACGUACUUUCCUUUCGACGAGCAGCGCUGCACCAUGGUGUUCGGCUCAUGGACGUACACCAGCGGUUCUUUAAACCUAAAGCUCGCCCGAGAAGAAGUGGAUCUAUCGGGCUACAUUGUCAGUGGUGAAUGGGAUCUGGUGAAAGCCGAGGCCGUGCGUAAUGUGGUUAAGUACAGUUGCUGUCCAGAUCCGUUUAUAGACAUCACUUACUCAAUACUUCUGCGCAGAAGGGUGCUCUUUUACCUUAACAAUUUGAUCUUCCCCUGCGUUGCGCUCGCGAUUUUGACGGUGUUUGCGUUCUUCUUGCCUCCCGAGUCCGGUGAGAGAAUCUCGCUGAUCAUAACGAUUCUCCUGGGCUUGACUGUAUACACACUCAUAUUCACAGAAAACAUACCACCCACUUCAGAAGUCACGCCGCUGUUGACUAAAUAUUCCACCGCCAUAAUGGCUUUGCUAGGUUGUUCACUGGUUGUCACAUGCCUGGUUUUGUGGAUUUAUCAUCGUGACACGUCAGUAAAGAUGUCCACAACCUUCGAAUUCUUCGUCUUCAAAGUUCUUGCUAAAAUCCUUAGGGAAAAUCCUGAAUCGGAACAAACCCCAAAAGAUCCACCAAAACGAAAAUAUACUCCGGUGACUUUGGUCGCAGACCGCUGGCCAACGUACUUUCCCGUACAGCGACGUAAAACAUCAGAAAGCGGAAAUUCAAGUCCGCAAAGCCGCUCGCCGAAUGGUGCUCCCCAAGAAUUCGUGUUUCCCGCGCAAAUGGAGCGUAAAAUGGAUCAAGUUAUCGCCAAGCUCGAUGCAGUUGCGAACUCUUUGACAGUUGAUCAAAGUGAAGAAGAAAAGAAAAAGAAAUGGCAGGCAGCUGCCCAAAUCAUCGACAAAAUUUUCUUCUGGUUUUUCACAAUAGUAGUUAUCACAGUGACUGUUGUAAUGUACUUUAUGAUCCCUUCCUAAGAAUUGAACUGGAUUAGAACAACAUGAUUUAGAGGACUGUAGAUCUAUGAAUCAAACCUCUUUCUAUGAGAGCGACAUUCAAGUGGAAGCUAUUAAGAUGAACUUUGAAGUGAAACUGUUUAUUACGUUGUGCAAGGAUGUUUUAACUUUUAGGUCUUUGAAACGAAACCUUCGCGUAUAACCAUUCAAAUGAAAGUUAUCCAGCAAAACUGUCACGCCGCAUUUCUACUUAGCUCUGUAUAUUACGUAGUUCAUAAUGGCCCCAACUUCUGUAACUCUGUAGAUGGAAAACUCAAGUGCCAUCAGGAAAUCUGAAGCUAUUGACAAGUAUUUUUAUCAGGCACCGAUUUUUUUCAUUAUCUAU